AUGGCGCACCUCGUCAACCCUCUCGCGACCCCUGCGCAGCUCUACAACCUCAAGUCCUCUUCACAGCUGCCGGACGACCUGCAAGAAGUGGUCUUCACCACCACGCAAUGCCUCACGCAAGCUGCCGGCCUGCUCCUGGAGCUCCCCCAGUCCACCACUGCACAGGCCAGUGUCUUGCUCGCGCGGUACUGGCUGGUCGACUCUCCCAUGAUGCAUGAGUUCAGCGACGUCUCGGCAGCCGCCCUCUUCAUCGUCUCCAAGAUGGGUCCCCUACCACAGUCCGCACGCGACAUCGCCAACGUCUACGCAUAUCUACUCUCCUCGCAAUCGCCACUUUUGCGCGCCGAGAAGCCUACAGGGGAUAAUCCGGCAGAAUACUACCUUUCCGAGUCGGACUAUUACGCAUUCCAGAACCGCAUCCUUGCGCUCGAGGCGCGGAUCCUCUACGCCCUGUCCUUCAACACCCACGUCUCCCUGCCUCACCCGCUGGCCAUUACAUACCUCCAGACCCUCGACUUUCUCGGAUUGGGGGAUAAGAAGGACAUUUCUGCUCGCGUGAUGCAACAUCUCAACACGGCGCUGCUCUCACCGCAGAUGCUCUACGUCACCCACCAGCCUCACGCCCUGGCCACCGCUGCCAUAUACUGCGCGGCACGCGACUUUGGCGCCAAGAUGCCCGAGUCCGCUUGGUGGGAGGUCUUUGACGUGGACAGGGAAGAGUUGGGUUUCCUCGUUGUGGGUCUUAUGAGUGUGGACAACAUCAUGAGGAAGCGAAGAGAGGACAUGCCGUGGAUGAACGAGGGCGCCGUCACGCGCAGCAAGGUCGAGGCGGAAAUGAAGCAGAGGGGCCUGCGCGUUGGGAAUGGCACCAAGCGCGGCAACGACGAAGAGGACGAGGUCAUGCGGAUGAUGGACAGUCGAUGA